CCGCCGACGGGAGCCGAGCGGAGCCAUGCAUGGCGCGACCGUGCUGCCGCCUGGUGCCGGCCGCGGCGGCAGCAGCCGUCUACGCUCUGGUGGCAUACAUUGUGGCCUUCACCAUUGAGCUGUGGUGGAUUCUGGAUGCUGAAGUUCGCCUACCUGCACCAGCAUAUCUUCUGUGUGCAGCUUACCUCCUGUCUUUCAUCCUAGCUGCUGUACUGCUCCAUGGUCUGACAGCAAAACGUUCUCCAUUAUUGCUGGUAUGGCUUUUUACUGCAGUAAUUUUGGCGCUUCCUGAGGCUGGACUUGUUUUGUUUCUCAGUCUCUAUUUCUGGCAGCUGACGUCAUUGAAUGGAAUGACAGAACUGGUCUUCUGGAUCUGUCGCCUAAUUUGCAAUGUGGGUGAAGUUGGCUGUGUUAGAGCCCUCUAUCGAUGCUGGCGUGAAGAGAAGCACCUUCUCCGAACGCUUCAGCAGUUACAUACUGCUUCGAGUCAAGGGAUACAAAAUGCUGCAUUUAUGGGUUCAGGUUCACUUGCGCCAUCUCCAAGGGCACCACACAGGGCAGUGGUCCCAGUGAGACAAGCUGUUCCUCUGCACCUUCCCCUAGGCUCAGGCAGUGAAUUUAACGCCUCCACUUUUCAUACAGCUCUGCAAAGACAUUGGGCUGUGAACCCCACUCAGGUGCUACCUCAAAGGCCACCACGGCUAACACGGACUAGAUCAAUGGUGGAUAUAAGGACUUGGCAAGGGUCAGCCAGCAAUGGCCUUGUGAGAUCACAUUCACUUUUAGACCUGCGGAACAUAGAACUUGCUUCAAACCGACAGUGGCAUCCACGAAUGGGUCCCGGUGUCAUGCAUGGUAGCAGGCCGUCACUGGCAGAUUCUAUAGAUGGUGCACAUCGACUACGUGAUGUGGCACUUUGACUGAUUAUAUUCCAUUUCGAUAUGUGAAUUUAUGCAGAACUACAUGAAAUAUUUAUAAUGACAGAAUGAAAUGCAAUUACAUUAAUGUACCUUUUCUGGUGCUACAGGCUGACAUACAUUUCAGAUAAUGAUUUUUGUACUUGUCUAAAUGUACAAAAUUUAAAGAUGAUAAUAGUUCUAUAUCAAGAACUGGUUAAAGAAAUUAAGAUCCCAAGGAAGGAUGUCUUAAUUAUCUGUUAGACAUAGGCAGCAUCACCACAGAAUUCAUAAUAUUCUCUCUCUCUCUCUCUCUCUCUCUCUCUCUCUCUCUCACACACACACACACACACACACACAUACACAGGAGGAUGAGGAAGAUGAUGUUAGGAGGAAACGAUACAAUUUUUCUUCUCUUGUGUUGGUAUUCAAAGCUAAGGUGCACACAUAAUAAAUAAUUAGAGGCACCAUGGUUUACUAGUCUUGUCCGCCAUAUAUACUGAGUAAAUAAACGUCUCUGGAUUUUAAUUUUUUAUUCAUUUGUGUUGCCUGUCGCACCAGAGAACAAGAACGUCACAUCUGCCAAUGACAAUAAAUUCUAUUAUUGUAUGUUGUGAAUCCUGUUACUAUGAUUUUGCUUAGAAAUCUUUGUAAUAUAUUAAGUCAGUAACGCUUAGGGAAAAAAAUCUUGCAUCUCUGAAUAAGGAUUAAUUAUGGUACUAUCCCUAAACUAGUCUGUAUCUCAUCAGAGAAUGUUAAAUUUAAUUUUGUACUACCAGGGUUGCCACAAGUUCUGAGAAUCAGGGAAUUUAUGAUAUAUUAGAGAAAUCAUGGAAAUAUUAGAGAAAUUUGAAAAAAAAAAACACUGGAAAGAUUUUGUUUCUGUCUAAGUAGUCCGCCCCGGUAGCUGAGUGGUCAGCAUGACAGACUGUCAAUCCUAAGGGCCCGGGUUCGAUUCCCGGCUGGGUCGGAAAUUUUCUCUGCCCAGGGACUGGGUGUUGUGUUGUCCUAAUCAUCAUCAUUUCAUCCCCAUCGACGCGCAGGUCGCCGAAGUGGCGUCAAAUUGAAAGAGCUGCACCAGGCGAACGGUAUACCCGACGGGAGGCCCUAACCACACGACAUUUCCAUUUCCAUUUCUGUCUAAGUAGAUGAAAUGAUUUGUUUACCAAGAUGUCAUGUAUUGUCGCUGGCUUGGUGCGGCUGAGUACAAGUGACGCUUCCCUACUCCCUCAUUCUUACUGCUUCUCCCCUUUUUAACACUACCCUCAGCUUGCAGUCAGUGCUGCCACCACUUUUUGUCAUUCGCCUAGCAGCUGCCAACUAGAGGCAGGGAGGCAUGAAGAGCGGUUUCUUUGGAUCUGAUUCUCAGGGACUGUUGACACAGUGGCCGGAGACACUGGUCACGUGUGCAUGAGUUGUAUCUGUGUGUGUGUGUGUGUGUGUGUGUGUGUGUGUGUGUGUGUGUGUGUGUGUGUGUGUUUGCGUGCGCGCGCGCGCUCUUGUUUUCUGACAAACACAAUGGCCAAAAAUUUAGUUGUGAGAGUGUGAUUACCUUUUCUACAUGCUUGUCUGUGGCUCAGCGAUCAUCUUUACAGUGAGUUGCUACCUAUCCUCAUUGGUAUUGAUUCUCGGAGUAAUCAUGCAAGGUAUCUGUUUCAUGGAUUGAUCUCCAUGGUCUCAUUUCAUCAACAUGGUGUCUGUGAACGUGAAUAGCUGGCCACGUGAGUGGAAUUCCAUGACGGGUCAAAAUCACAGGCCAUUUCUGUGGGUAUCUAAUGGAUCGGGCCUGCCGAUCUGAAGCCUAUUGUUUUCUACUAAUGUGCAGUCCGUGCCCAUUGAAUUUAGUCUCAUCAAUCUGCCUGUAGGCCAGGUGUGGCAUAAUGUGGCAGAUUUUCGUGAUUUAUCUAUGGACCCAGGACGGCGGUGCUCCUUGGCAUGCGAUGCCACGGGCGAUGUAUUUCAGAAAUUGUAACUGUCUCACAAGUACAUUGUAUCGUGCAGUGUUUUAUAGAAAUUUUACUUAUUCUAGUACAUUUUGGCACUUCAAAAGUAGUUUAUAUAUUAGAAAGUACGGAUGAUAGGAAGAAAAUUUUGGCAGUCGCUGGCAGUUUGUAUACUAUGUACUCAUGUAUUUCUUGAAAGAAAAAUCACACAAUAUCUGUAAAAUAUGACACAGUGGGUAAUAACCAACAAUAACGAACAUAGUGGAACCAACAUCUUAUUGAUGAUAGUGUUGGUUUUCAAAACUUUCGCCCACCUUGUACACUUCUUUCAAGAGGACUACUACUUUCUGAGGUUAUUUCUGAAAUCAGUGAAGGUAUUUUAAAUGUAUCUUGUGACUCCAAUGGAAUGCAUAUUUUUGUCACCAAAUGUGUUUUGUUUUUUGAAAUAAAAUAACAUCAGUGGUUUUAAUGAAACGUAUAUGCCAUUUACCUUGCUUUCUCCAUCUAGAAACAGUUCAUUACAAAAGAUGUUGAUGUUUACUUAAGAUUUUUGCUCACAAGUUUAUAAAUACAGAAGUCCUUAUUUUUAUUUAUUUAUUUAUUUUUUUUUUGUCAACUUAUGUCUUGACUUAGUCUUGCGCUCUCAAAAUUUGUCAGGGAAAAGUGCUAAAACUCGUUUGAAAAUCAGUGAAAUAUCAGAGAAUUUCCCUAAGGGAAACUUGUGGCAACCCUGACUAAACAUUGCAGAAUGUUACAAGCUGCUGUUGACGUUCUGGAAAUCUGGCUCACAUUAUCACUUCAUAGUGCAACCACAUACUGCUGUCUACCAAUGAUUAAUAGUCAUUAAGGAAAUCAAUUUGGAGUGUACUGUAUAUUUUUGUAAUGCAUAUGUUGUUGAUGAUUUUUAUAUUUGUUUUGUUGUACAGAAAAGUUUACAUGAUUUGAAAGAUAA